AUGCGUCGGGCGUCGCUGGAUCCGCUGGUGGUGGGCAGAGUGGUCGGAGACGUGCUCGACAUCUUCGUCCCGACCGCGGAGCUGGCGGUGCGCUACACCGCUCAGAAGAUCAGCAUCAACGGCGGCAAGGUCAAGCCUUCCUCCGCCGCCGAAAGGCCUAAAGUCCGCAUCACCGGCUCCCCUAAUAACUACUACACUCUUGUCAUGGUUGAUCCUGACGCUCCUAGUCCGAGUGAACCCACAUUUAGAGAGUGGCUCCAUUGGCUAGUCAUAGACAUUCCGGAGGGAUCCGAUGCCAGUGAAGGGAAGGAGGUAAUGGCGUACAUGGGACCGCAGCCGCCGAUCGGGAUCCAUCGUCACAUAUUUGCAGCUUUCCGUCAGGCAGGGCUAAUGGAGACGGUGAAAGGGAAGCCGGCAGAGAGAGUACUUUUCAGUACGCGCCAAUUCGCGAGCGAGAAUCAGCUCGGUCUCCCGGUCGCCGCUCUCUACUUCAAUUCUCAGAAACAACCAGCCGGAAUCAAGAGACGUUAA